UACGACGACCGUCAAGCCAGCAAAGACCCCAACAUGUCUAAAGACUCACAACAAGACCGCCGCGUCUACGUCGGCAACUUGUCGUACGAUGUCAAGUGGCACCAUUUGAAGGACUUCAUGCGUAAAGAUAAUACUCUCGAAGUCACCCACGCUGAUGUCCUCACGAUGCCCAACGGAAUGAGCAAGGGUUGUGGUAUUGUGGAGUACGCUACGCGCGAGGAUGCACAAACUGCCAUCGACACGAUGAGCAACACACAGUUGAUGGGCCGUCUCGUCUACGUCCGCGAGGAUCGUGAGACCGAGCCACGCUUUGCUGGAGCCCCUCGCGGAGGUGGUGCCGGCGGCGGAUUCGGCGGCCGUGGUGGCUUCCAAGGUGGUCCCGGUGGCUUUCAGGGCGGCAUGGGCGGUGGCUACGGCGGUGGCGCCCCCGGUGGUGGACGUCCCCAAGUCUACGUCUCCAACCUUCCCUUCUCGGUCGGCUGGCAAGAUCUCAAGGAUCUCUUCCGUCAAGCCGGUAACGUCGUUCGCGCUGACGUCCACCAAGCUCCUGACGGCACACCCAAGGGAUCCGGUGUUGUCGCCUUCGACACUCCCCAAGAUGCCCAGAAUGCCAUCAACAUCAUGAACGGUUACGACUGGCAAGGUCGCCUUCUCGAGGUCCGUGAGGAUCGCUACGCUGGCGGUGGCUUUGCCGGCGGCCGUGGUGGCUUCGGCGGCGGCUUCGGCGGUCGUGGCAACUUCGGUGGACCCGGUGCCUUCCAGGGUGGCCGUGGCGGAUUCGGCGGUGGCUUCCAGGGUGGUCGCGGAGCCUACGGUGGCGGCUUCCAGGGUGGCCGUGGCGGUUUCGCUGGCGGUGCUGGAGGUGGCUUCGGCGGCGCUCCUACCGGUCCUGGCUUCAACGUUCCUACCGUUGCGCCCAACCCCUUCACUGACGGCGUCUCGAGCGGUGGCGCCGAGAGCCAGUUCAUUCACGUCAAGAACUUGCCCUGGAGCACCAGCAACGAGGAUCUCGUCGAGCUCUUCACCACCAUCGGAAAAGUCGAGCGCGCCGAGAUCCAAUACGAGCCCAACGGACGCUCCCGCGGAAGCGGUGUCGUCGAAUUCGCCGUCUCAAGCGAGGCCAACACUGCCAUCGAGAAAUUCCAAGGCUACCAAUACGGUGGCCGUCCCCUCCAACUCGACUACGCCAAGUAC